AUGUCGGGGCCAGACAGAAUAACAACACGGAAAACAGCAGCUUCAGUUGCUGCUGCAGCUGCAAGACGGGCCAGUGUACAGGGCGAUAAUGGGGAAAAAGGUGACAAAGAACAGGCAGACCCUUUUGCACUGCAGCUUUUAGAAUUCAGGAAAGAGAUGAUGAAAUCAAUGCAAGAAUUUACACAACAGGUCCGUAGUGACAUGGAAAAAUCUAAUUUAUCAUUGAAGGAACAAGUACACAGAGAUAUUGAGAACUCAAACAAGUUUCUAAAGGAACAAUUUGGGAUAGUGGGAGACAAGGUUAGCAACUUGGAGUCAAAAGUGGAUAAAUUAGAAAAAUUAAGAGAGGAGGUCACAGAAGUAAGGGAGGAACAAAAAGGGACACUAGGAUUGGUACAAGGGGUUCAAGAGAAACAGAGUGAUUUGGAGGAUCAGUUUUUACUUUUGCAGCUACAAGAAUGGGAUAGAACAAUCAGAAUCAGAGGUUUACCAGACUCUGACUCUGAGCCAGUACUAGAGACAUAUGUGACACAGAUAAUUUCAGAGUGGAGGGGGGAAAGUACAGAUUGGCUGGAUGGUUCAGUUGAAAGCUGUUUCAGAAUUAAAUUGUUUCAGAGCAGAGAACGGAACCACCCAGGAGACAUUUUGUUAACAUUAGUGACAAAAAAAGUGAAGGAUGCAAUCCUUCAGAAUAGCUUUGAAAAUGAUCUCGUGGUUGCUGGACAGAAAGUAGACAUCUUCAGAGAAAUUUCUCUGAAAUUGAGAUUAAGAAGAACAAAAUACCGGUUUUUGUCAACGGCUCUUAGGAGAGCCGACAUCAGAUACAAAUGGGAAUUUCCUGAGGGUAUCUCUUUUACAUACAUGAAGAGGAGAUAUAAGCUGACAUCAGAAUUUCAGGCGAGAGAAUUCCUGGAUAAAAAUAGGAGAGACUUAGACCCCAAACAAGACAGGGGAGACCCCAGAUCUGAGCAAAAGAAAGCUUUGGAACAACUUGCACUGGAAGAGGCGGCAUCAGGGAAAACAGAUACUGUAACUGACUCUGGAAAUGGCCAAUCUUAA